GCUCUAAAACCAUGCUCUCCUUCUAAUGAGCAAUAAAAGCCAUGUAAUUCUCGUCCAGCUGACACCAUUGUCUCAGGGAUUAUCUCUCACCGAGAUAGCUCAAGCAAUCUGGGGCAGGAAGGCUCUGACCCUCCUCACCAUGCAUGCCGUGAGUGAAACAGAGGGUUGCAGCCCAGAAGAGACUCCCAUCUUUGUGUUACCAUCUACGUCUGAAAAACCCUUUGAAGCUCACUUCAGUCUGACAAGGAACUCUUGCAGCGGCACGCUGGAGCCGGAGAGCAGAAUGCUGRAGAAAAUUGAGAAGAUGCUCGCGAUUCGGAACCAGACCGUCAGGGAGAUGCUGGCAGAAGCUCUGGGGAUGUUCAUCCUGAUGCUCUUUGGCUUGUCUUCUGCUUGUCAAGUGACUUUAGGACGAGGAGAAUAUGGGCAGUAUUUCAGCAUCAAUUUGGGAUUUGGCAUUGGUGUCACCAUGGGGAUGCAUGCAGCUGGAGGAAUCUCUGGGACUGGCCAGAGGCAAGUGGGAGAGAAACAACAGCAGAGAUUUAGCCAUCUUGUGCUGUUGUUUAUAGCGACCACGAUGCUGUUCUUGGGCAUUCUAGUCAUCCAUGAUGAGAAAAACAAUGCAGCCCUSAAGGGGACACAGGCCCUGCUCACAGGUAUSCUGRUCSUAGGAAUURGYCUSUCGAUGGGGAUGAACACGGGCWRYUCCAUGAACCCCUCCAGGGACCUGCCCCCCAGGAUCUUCACUGCCAUUGCCGGCUGGGGAGUGGACGUCUUCACAAUGCUGAAGAAAAUUGAGAAGAUGCUCGCGAUUCGGAACCAGACCGUCAGGGAGAUGCUGGCAGAAACUCUGGGAAUGUUCAUCCUGAUGCUCUUUGGCUUGUCUUCUGCUUGUCAAGUGACUUUAGGACGAGGAGAAUAUGGGCAGUAUUUCAGCAUCAAUUUGGGAUUUGGCAUUGGUGUCACCAUGGGGAUGYAUGCAGCUGGAGGAAUCUCUGUCCUAGAGGCACUGUACGACUACACCAAGGGCAACUUUACAGUGACUGGUCCAAAUGCCACGGCGGGGCUCUUCUCCACUUACCCUGCUCCCUACAUGUCCUUGACGGGAGGCUUCUUCGUGGAGUUUAUAGCGACCACGAUGCUGUUCUUGGGCAUUCUAGUCAUCCAUGAUGAGAAAAACAAUGCAGCCCUSAAGGGGACACAGGCCCUGCUCACAGGUAUSCUGRUCSUAGGAAUURGYCUSUCGAUGGGGAUGAACACGGGCWRYUCCAUGAACCCCUCCAGGGACCUGCCCCCCAGGAUCUUCACUGCCAUUGCCGGCUGGGGAGUGGACGUCUUCACGGCUGGACAUGGCUGGUGGUGGAUCCCACUUGUAGCUCCAACACUGGGAUGUUUUUUUGGUGUUUUAAUCCACAAACUCUUUAUUGAUCUUCAUAAUCAGCCUGUCCUGGAAAGUGAAAAYGAGAAAAGACAGCCAGCCCUGGAGGUUUCUAGGAUGUGACGGUCACGCACCCUGAGGAAASGACCUGGAAGGAAAGCUUGGUUGGACCGGUGCACUGACAGUCAAGAGGUAACUCAGUGGACACCAGCCUGGGCAAUGACACUACCAGCACRUGCUGGUAUUGUU